AUGCACAAAGCACAGAGCAGUGCCCCAUCCGAGACCUCUAGCCUCUCUGGCAGCGUUCGGUCAUCCCCAUGCUUUAAGCCUAAGGGCGUCCAAGGCAGCGUUCGGCGCUUUAUGAAGCAGGCCCGGAGCUUUCGCCGGAUUGCAACCGCCAAGAUGUCGGAAGUGCGUUUGUCACAAACCCUUGGUAAGCGUCAACGGUCUGCAGAUAGCAGGUCGUCCGUCAAUGGAGGUUCGGUCGCAGCCCUAGAUGUGAGCAGCAGGGAAAGCAGUGUCGAAGGAGGCGUCGUCACUGCUACUGUCCCUCCAUUUUUGACCCAGUCCUACUCCGCUGACAAGAGCUUGGAAAACCGCACAGAGCUGCGCUCAAAGUUCGAAGAGCUUGAAUGGCUCCAACGAAGCCGGAUAUCGGCAGGGCUUCUAGCUGGAGAUCCUUCCCACAAGUGGGCAUUGGAAUCAAACCCCGUUAUAAGGGAAAGAAGUCGCUACGCCAACGUUCAGGCAUGGGCAAAUUCUCGGAUCCACCUCAAAGUUCCCCCGGGUGAAUGCGAUUUUAUCAACGCCUCUCCAAUUGAGUUGAAGGAUACUAAAACCCAGGAAGCCGUUCGCUAUAUUGCAACCCAGGGACCCAAAAACGGUCACCUCUCACAUUUUUGGAAUAUGAUUUUUCACGAGUCAGGAGAAGUGGCGGUAGUAGUAAUGCUCACCCAAACUUUCGAAUCCGGCAGAGAAAAAUGUGCACAAUAUUUCCCAUUGAAUAUGGAAGUGCCUACGUUUCAGUUCUCUCCCGUUGAUUCGGAUCCGUUCAUCGACCACAAGGAGGAUGAGUCUGUAUUCACUGACCUUUCUGGGUCCAUUACACUUUUGGAAUAUUCCUAUGAUGAGUCCUGCUGCUCAGAAGUUCGCAAGCUCAAACUGGACGUUGGUUCGGAGUCAAAAACUGUUUGGCAUUACCUCUUCGCCGGCUGGUCUGAUUAUGCAAAGCCCGAGGGUCAGUAUCGCGAUGCGCUCAUCAAGUUGACCAAAGUCACCGCCGAAAAAGCAGCGUCCUGUGACAACCCGAGAAUUGUCCAUUGCAGCGCGGGCGUUGGUAGGACCGGAACAUUUAUUGCCCUAGAUCACCUCUUGAGAGAAUUAAAAAACGGCCAUCUACUGAAUGUAGCUAAUGACACUGCCGACACCGUUUUCGAUACGGUGAACCAGUUGCGAGAACAGCGGAUGAUGAUGGUGUACAAUGACGUUCAAUAUCAAUUCAUUUACGACGUCUUAAAGGAACAGACCUAUGCUGUCCUUGGAAAGAAAGGUGUGACUGACACCUCUACUGAUGCAAACGAUGCCACGGACGAAGAUACUCUCGCGGAAACAAAUACAAAAGGCGAACUGGAGCCUAUCAUUGAUUGA